AUGCUGGCCCUCCGCCAACCGCUUGGCCGCACUCGUGGUGGCUGGAAGAGUGAUGUCAAUUUCGAAGUUUCUGAAGGCUAUGCAGUUUUUAAGCAGAAGUGUAUUGCAAAAUAUACCGCGCUCGUGGCGUCUCCUGAAGUAUCAAAAAAGCCUCUCGUACUACCAGACGACUUAUCCGUUUACUUGCGGCGUGCGAGGAACGAUACUCAAGCCAAGUUUAUCGAGCUGACGUCUGAUAACUUUUUGACAACACUUCAAUACCGAUGGAAACUACUCACAACCGAUGAUCUCCGCCACAUUGGAGACUUUCGCUUUGAGGCGUUCCUCUACGUCAAGCGGGCAGCUCAACCAGAGCAAUUUCACCGUGCUACCGCGGGUCGCAUUGCCAAUGCUCGAGUACAAAGGAUAGCGUACGAGACAGCCAAUGCAGUGCAGUUUGGAGCAAUCACCUCGCACCAUCUUGAUGUUGUGCAUGCAAGAAGGCCGGAGUCGACUCCAUUUGAAGUUCCUGAGGAUAACACAACUGCACAAGCAAUGGAAUUAGACCGACAGCGAGAGGCUCUGCAGCAGCAGGAAGCCGAUGAACAGGCCAUACCGGAUACAGCAAUUGUGAGCAUUAGGGUCAAUGGUUUAUGGAUGCCUCUGGAGGUCGACAUUCUGUCACUUCGGCGUGCAUUACGACUGCCGGACCACGAUAUAUUCUCUCGCGGUAUCUACCAUGAAUUCACACCCACUCAGCCAACCAAUGGAAUGAUGAAAGACGAGGACCAUGCCGAUGACGAGCCCAUGAGCUAGAAGAAAACGCCAGCUUAGUGCAGUACGAGAUGCAUGUAUCGAAUAAUAUUCAUCAUUACAAAAUUAAGCUACUCAUAGUCUGCACUUCUUCGAACUAGAUCGUCAAAAACUUGGUCUCUUAUUCCAGUAGCCAUGUAACCACAGUGACGAAAAGUGCCAAAACAACCUUUAUCUUCGAGACGCGUACACGCUCGCAUUGCAACAUCCAGAACCUGAUCUGGAUACAAUGGAAAAACGAGAUUAGCACGCCUUUGAAGCCAACGUUUUAGAAGGCCAAAGCACGGCUCUAUCGGGUUGAGCUGUGGGCAAUAGGGCGGUAAAAAUAUUAGUAUAGCUCCACACUGGUGUAUGGCUUCUUGGAGCUUUGGGUAGGCAUGGAUUUUGGCGUUAUCCAUCACAACAAUGGAGCGAGGAAGGGGCCACGGGUUCAAAGUUGGAAUAAUAUGCUCCACAAACGCCUCGUGGAACUUAUCUCGCGUGAAUGUUCCUUCAGUCCACUUCCAUGCAAAAAAUCCUCGCAUAUCAAGCGCGGCUAGAAUUGAUAGUCGCGUUCCUCUUCGGAACGGCAUUUUCGCAAUUGCUUGGGUAUUUCGUUUCGACCACCCAUAGCGUCGUUGAGAAUGGCGUCCGUCCUUAGCAGUCUCGUCUAGAAAUACGAGUUGCUCUGCAAAAGAAAAAAGUGGAAGAAGCUUGGCGCGGUAGGCUUCAAUUUCCGCAGGGACGGCUUCUCGGGCGGCCUUGGACAACACUUUUCGGCUGAGCUUGAGAUCAAAAUUGAGUACGCGACAAAUCGUCGCUGUCGAGACUGUAGUUAUUGCUGGAAAAUUCUUGACAAUGUGCUCACGUAGCUCUUCGAUGAAAAACGUGGGGUGAACUUGUACGUAAGCUUCGACAGCGGCAAGUACGUCAGGUGGCCAGCGUGUGCAGGUCUGACGAGGCUGUUUUUCAUUGACAAUGCCUUUCUGGAGGAACAGCGCGUACCAUCCGCGAAGGGUGCGCUGCUUAGGACCGAAU